AAUAAUGGGCCGAUUCGGUUCGCGUACCGUGUAUAAAUAGGUAAAGGCCCAAUUCGAUUGGAUGGAGACGGGAACAUCUAGAUGGAUUCUACAAGUUAGCGAGAAUAGUCACUAAUUAUAUUACGAUUUUAUUUUUUGAAUAUAUAUAUAUAUAAUACAAUAAAAUAGAAUAUUAGCUGUAUAGAUUUCAAACCACCAAUGUUGACCCAGGGAGCACUGGCCAAUUAAGUGCGCUCACAUACGGUUACCUGGCAUCUACAUUGAUUACUUGCUCACCUCAAUCGUUUUCGCUAUCGCAUUUGUCUUCGGUUCACGCCCUUCCCGUUCCAACCUCGUCUGGAUCCUUCGGUGGUUGAGUAGGAAGGAGGAAUAGUAGUAGAAGAAGAGGUCUCCUAGCUGCCUCGUUGUGUUGACUUCGUCAUCGCCGCUGGUCGCUGGUCGCGCCAUGGGGGCUCGGGGUCGUAUCCCUUGAGGAGAUCUGUCCUCAACGGGAUCCCCAAUUGCCUUGGGGUUUGCGUGCUCCAUCCGUCGGCGUUCUUGAUUCAGUAUCCUCAGAAACCGUUAUUGCAUCAAGGAUUCAAAAUUCUUAUUUGGACUGUGAAAAUAUCAACCAUCUAGUUUCUUUUCUGUGAGACAUGAAUUGCUUCUCGAUCCGAAAUGAAGCCACUAAGGGGGUGGACUCCCAGGCUAGGAUGUCUGGGUCAAUUCGGUCUAAUAGCACCACAUCUACUGAGCAUGACAUGAGGAGGUCAGGAUCUGAGUUCAACUCUGGGGAUGUUACUGAUAUCAGCUCUGGCUCAAUGGGAAGGUCACAUUAUCCCAGUUUCUCCCAGAAACCGAACAAUCUCAGAGUGUUCACGUUUUCAGAACUGAGGAAUGCCACAAGAAACUUUAGCAGGUCGCUAAUGGUUGGGGAAGGUGGUUUCGGAUGUGUUUAUAAGGGGGCAAUCAAGAGCCUUGAAGACCAAAAUUCUAAUAUUGAAAUUGCAGUUAAGCAACUAAAUCGCAAGGGAGUGCAGGGACACAAAGAAUGGUUGACAGAAGUUAAUGUUCUCGGGGUGCUUGAACAUCCGAAUCUGGUCAAACUUGUGGGCUAUUGUGCUGAGGAUGAUGAAAGGGGAAUACAACGUCUUCUUGUGUAUGAAUACAUGCCAAAUAGAAGUGUGGAUGAUCAUUUAUCGAAUCGAUCUAGGACAACACUUUCUUGGCCCAUGCGAUUAAGAGUGGCUCUUGAUGCUGCUCGCGGCUUGGCCUACUUGCAUGAAGAAAUGGAGUUUCAGAUUAUUUUUCGCGAUUUCAAAACUUCCAACAUUCUCUUGGAUAAGGACUGGAAAGCAAAAUUGUCUGACUUUGGAAUGGCUAGACAGGGACCAACAGAGGGAAUAACUCAUGUUUCGACUGCAGUGGUAGGAACUUUGGGCUAUGCAGCUCCGGAGUACCUGCAAACUGGCCGCCUGACUUCGAAGAGCGACGUAUGGAGCUACGGAGUCGUCCUCUAUGAACUCGUCACCGGCAGGCGACCGAUCGACAGAAACCGUCCCAGAGGCGAACAAAAGCUCUUGGAGUGGGUCAAGCCAUACAUAACCGAUGCCAAGAAGUUGCGCAUAAUCAUGGACACAAAGCUACAAGACGACUACUCUCUCAAGUCCGCGACGAGGCUCGUUUACGUGGCGAACCGCUGCCUCGUGCGGCUGCCCAAGUCGAGGCCCAAGAUGAGCGAGGUGGUGGAGAUGCUGCGGCAAAUUGUGGGGGACGCAGAGGUCACGGCUCCGCAAGCACCUUUAAGGAGUUCAGAAGAGAAGACCACGCUGGAGAAAAAGAAGGGCAUCAAGAGGGCUAUGGGGGAUCGGAAAAUGUGCGAAAGCCUGGGUUUGGGGUGCCACGGAUGGAUGCUCAAGCUUGUGAAGACCCAUUGACGACGAUGAGAUCGACAGUCAUGAUUUUUCGACACGGUGACGCUUCUCAGUUCAGAGUAAUAAGUGUCGGUAGCUGCAUCAGAAUGUAUGCUUUUUCUCGAAGCUUGUUACAUGUCAAAUAUAUGUCACCCUUACAAAUGUAGAGAUACUGGAUCUUUAUUUUGUACGUCGAAUCAUUCUCCAACUGACCUAAAUGUGCUUAAUUAAUUUUACAUUACGUAGGAA